AUGGCUCGGAAUGUUUGUCUUGGUGCUGCUCAAGAUACAAUCAUUUCAUUGUACCAGGGACUCAUGGAAAGGUCUCUCGAUGAGAAUCUGUCUCGUUACUAUCACCGUGUUAUUGCUGCUGCCCUUGUCAUACUGACCCUUUCCUGUGAUAUUUCCGCAGAAGAGAAGACCAAAUCACUGGAGACUUGCUCGAAAAGUAUAAAGCUUUUUGAGUCUAUGAAGUUUGGCUGUCCCGAAAAAGGCAUUGCACUCGUUCAAAGUGCCUUGGCUCUUCUGUCCCCUUAG